AUGGAUCCGGUUCCGUACUCAGACCUGGUUCUGUCCUCGGAUCGGGACUCGACCGUGCUCAGCUUCAAUUUCUGUUCCAAACUGUCCACGAGGAAGAGGUCCAACCACCGCGGGCCAACAGGCGCCGACACCGCGGAGCCCGCCCGGCCGACGGCUCGUGUUUCCUGGGUUCUCGUUGGUCGUGGAUGUGUGAAGCUGCUGCUGAGACCCGGAGCUGAGUCUGAGACCAGGACCCGACCCGACCCGACUCUGUCACUUUUAUAUUUUAUAUUUUACACUUUUAACGUCAGCGACAUGUUGAAGAAUAUGACGGAUGACGGACAUUUGUCCAGCGGGCAGAGCGCGUCCUCUGCGGCCGGGCCCGGUGUCACGUCAGUCGGCCUUGUCGGUCAGGAAAGCUCGUGGAUCGGCCUGCUCUCCACGGUGUCAAGGCCCGCGCUGUCAUUUGUGCAGAAGUACCUCCCGGGUCGAGCCCCGGCCCUGGGCCCGGUUCCGGCCCCGGCUGACGAGGGCCCCCGGCGGACCGGGGCCGCUUCUCAGAUCCGCUUCCCUGACGCAGGAAGAGACUUUUGGAAGCAGCUGGAGCACGUGAUGCCGGUGACGCAGCACGCGGCCGCACACCUGACCGACACGCGGUGUCAGCAGGACCGGGCCGCGGGGCCACCCGGACCCGGACCCGGCUCCGCUCCACCGUGGCUGACCGCCGCGUCUCUGCGGGACUUGGGCAUCGCAGACACCGAAGAGCUGAGCCUGUGUCCGCACACCCGGGGCGGGUACGUGUCCUCUGUCAGGACUCUUCUGAGCCAGGUUCUGAUGAACCCGGUGUCAGCUCAGGAAGUUCAACCCAGCGGGGGGGCGGACUGGAUGAGGGGCAGUAAAGGAGGGACGUGGUGGGACAGUUUGUGGGGGGGGGAGGACAUUUCACAGAGAGCUUUGUCCUGGACUGAGGACCAGACGGAGACAAACCGACUCUGUCCACAACAACCAGGGACAACCCCCCCCCCUGCAGAAACAACCCGAGCGUUUGUCCAGAGCGAGGGUUCGAGUCUGAGAGAAAACACUGGAGCCGCUGAGCACAAAGAGGAGCAGCCUGACAAUGGAGGUCUUCACACAGUCCAGAACCCACAGGGGUCCACGCCAGACCUCAGCAGCACCGCCAGCGAGACCCCACGGCUGACCCCGGAUCAGGACAAUGGUUACUCCAGUCUCGAGGAGGAACACUUCCUGUUGAAGAACUUGAGUGAAGAGACGACAGGAAACUGUGCGGCCGCGAUGCAGGACGAGUCGUGUGAGGGGACAUCGGAGAAGACAGACGAGGACAAACACCAACACUCGGCUGGUGAGGGUCAGUCCUCGGACAACAUGGCGCCCUCCGCCCCCGAGUGCCAGAACAAAGCCAUCGCCUUCAUCAUGGGCUGCCCCUGCAGCGACGACGAGGCCAGCAGCCUAUCAGAGUCCAGUGAUGAGGAGGAUGAUGAUGGGUUUGACAGCGAGGGGUCGUCUGACCUGUCUGACUCGACUGAUGAAGACGAGGAGGACGAGGACAGCGAGGUGGACUCGGAGUCCGAGCGUCUCUGGAACUCUUUGUGCCAAAGUGUGGACCCGUACAACCCCCGAAGCUUCAGCGCCCAGCUCCACAGCACGCCGCCCAGGACCAUUCCCCCCGCCACACCCACCUCUUCCCCCACCGCCUCGCCUCCCCUCUCCUCCUCCUCCUCCUCCUCCUCCUCCUCCCCCCCUCUGUCCGGCCUCGACGUCUGGGACGACUCCACCUCGGCGAGCGAGGCCGACGAGGCGGAGAGCCUCCGUCUGUUGAGCUCCUUCAGCUGCACGUCCGACCCCUACAGCCCUCUGAACUUCCAGGCCCCCAUCAGGACAACAGGGCCCAACAAGGUGGCUCCAGGGGCCAGGGCCAAGAGGGCCCCCCAGACCCCCCCACACUACCCCCACCGCAAAGCAGCUCCUCCUGAAUACAGGAAAGACGAGGCCGAGGAGCGACUGGACAGCGGCUUCUCUGAGCCCACGGCCCCCCCCUCCUCUUCCUCCUCCACUUCUCAGAGCGCUGCCUCAACCAAGAAGGUCCGGUUCCGUGACCAGGUGGAGGAGUUCUUCCUCGGCUGUGAGGAGGACCGCCGGGGCCCCUGGGAGCAGCUGGCCCGGGACCGGGGCCGGUUCCUGCGACGCUGCCAGGAGGUGGAGCAGAGCAUCGGCUUCUGCCUGCAGCCACAACACCGCCGGCUGGUCGUCCUCCGGGGCCAGGACACCCCCCCCGUCCAGGAUGAAGACAUACUUGAACGCAUCUCAAACUGAUUACAUGAAAAGCUGCACUUGUUGAUGAGAAACAAACCUUGUCAUCAUACUGACGAGAGACAGAGACUCAAAGACUCAGAGACUCAGAGACACAGACCUGGAUCCGUUGGACUCUUCACUGACUCGAGUCCUCGUCUGUUAUUCUGCAGCUUCAUCAACUAAUAAAUUGAGAUUCAGGGAAACUUUCUGACAAACGUAUUUAAUAAACCUGAGAGGUAUUGGUGAAGUACUGGUGAGGUAUUGAUGAAGUACUGGUGAGGUAUUGGUGAAGUACUGGUGAGGUAUUGGUGAAGUACUGGUGAGGUAUUGGUGAAGUACUGGUGAGUUGGAAGGUUUCUGACUGUGUCCUCAUCAGUGAAAAUGUCUUCAGUGUUUGGUUUCAGACGUCUUCAUCAUCUCAGCUGGUUCAUCAUGAGAAACAGGUUCAGGAUUAAUCAGAGACAGAUUCAUUGAUCUCAGUAUUCAUUCAUUUCAUUUCUGAUCAGUUUUAUUUUAAAGUGACGUCUUCAAACUUCUUGAUUUGUCGUAAACAAAAACUUCAACUUUUUAAAUGGAUCAUUGAUCAGAAAUGAAUUGAUCAACUUCUCCGACUCGGGAGUCAAACUGCAGCUGGACUCUGAAUCUUUGCAGCUCAGUUUGUUUCGUCUCUGAAGCCAAAGAUGAACAGUGGCCAUGUGACAGGAAGUUGAAUCUGCAUGAACUUCCUUGAGGAUCUAUCAGACUCUAAUCACUGAUAAUCAAUACACCUGAUUGGUGUGAUGUUCACCACUGUGGAAUAAAAAGUAAAGAAUCGUC